GGAAGACGGGGUUUUCAGUGACCAGCACCUGGAUAACCUGGAGAGGAGCUGCAGCCCGGACCAGGAGGAACCAGGGCAUCCACAGACUACAGAACUGGAGGAAGACUCCAGCGGUCAGGAGAUUAAGCACGAGGACGUAGAGGUGGAUGUCUCAUUGGUCAAUGUCGCUGAUGUGAAAGUUGAAAAUGGUGAACCAGGACCAAACUGUGGCCAGCUGCUGUUGCACACUUCUCCUGAAGCUCAAAACAAAGAUGAGGAAGGGACUGAAAGUUUACGCUCAGACUCCAGUAAAACUGCAGAUCCGGAGCCAAUGAGACGACACGGUGACCACGAAGAUGCUGCUGUCCCGUCAGACAGCAACUGUAAAUCAAAGCUGACCAGGACCCACACGGGGAAGAAGGUAUUUUCUUGCAGCACUUGCAGGAAAGAGUUCAGUAAAAGUCGUAUUUUAAUGGAUCACAUGAAGAUCCACACUGGCGAAAGGCCGUACCUGUGCAACACCUGCAACAAAACCUUUACUAGAUCAUCAUCUCUUAAACGCCACAUAACCAUGCACACGGGCGAGAAGCCCUACAUCUGCAAAACAUGUGGAAAAAGUUACAGGCUACGUUCCCACCUGGUGGAUCACUCGAGGAUCCACACGGGCGAGAAGCCCUACAUCUGCAAAACAUGUGGAAAAAGUUACAGGCUACGUUCCCACCUGGUAGAUCACUCGAGGACCCACACCGGUGAAAAGCCGUACCUGUGCAACACCUGUGGAAAAACCUUUACUCAAUCAUCAAAUCUUAAAAGCCACAUAACCAUGCACACGGGCGAGAAGCCCUAUAUCUGCAAAACAUGUGGAAAAAGUUACAGGCUACGUUCCCAGCUAGUGAUUCACUCGAGGAUCCACACCGGUGAAAGGCCGUACCUGUGCAACACCUGUGGAAAAACCUUUACUCAAUCAUCAGCUCUUAAAAGCCACAUAACCACACACACGGGCGAGAAGAGAUAUUUGUGCAAGACGUGCAACAAAGGGUGGUGA